UAUCUCAAAUAUUAGUGGUCGAAUAUGUGUAGCUAAUAAAAGUUUUGUUGCAUUUCAAUCAUUUACUUAAUCUGUGUGAAAAUGUCGGAAUAAUAUCAAUAGAUUUUAACAUUUGAUAAGUAAUGUUUUAUUUUUUUUAUAAAAAUAUUCGAACUAAAUUUGGUUAAGUUUUUUUAAUACCCAAAUUUUUUUCUACCCAAUUUUUAUAUCUCAACUAAUUAUUAUGUCUAUUUUAAUACACAAACUUUUGAUACGGUCUUUCUUUUUAAUAUCCAAAUUAUGUUAUUAAUUUUCAAAUAAAAUUUUAAAAAUCUCUAAAAUUCACAAAAUAAUGUGAAAGAUUCUAAUUUUAUUUUAAUCCUUAGAAAUAGAAGUAAUUAAAUUAUGGAUAAUCUUAAAUUGUGUAAUAAUUUUUUAAGAAUUAAAUAUGAAAUUUGGUUUAUUUUUGGAAAUAGAAAAUAAAUUUAUUUUCUUUUCCUUCGAAAUUGAUUUUUUAUAAAUUUAUAAUUUUCUCCAUAAUUUAGUUACUUUCUUUGCUAUAACUUAAAAUAAAAGCGGAAAUUUUAAAGAUUUUGGAGGUUUUUUAAAAUUUUGUUUGAUACUUAUUAAUACUUUUGAUUAAAAUAAACAAAGUUUGGGUACUAAUUGAACAUAGUUUUAAAAGUUUGUGUAUUAAAAUAGGUAAAAUAAUUAGUUGACGUAUUAAAGUGGGUAACAAAAAAAUUAGUUGAGGUAUUAAUAGUAUACAUAAUUAUAUUAUUUUAUAUUUAUAUUAAAUAUAAAAAUAAUCUAAAAGGUUACUUAAUUUUUUUUUAAUUAUUUCAACCUGUUUCAUUACGAAGUUUUAAUAAAAUAUCUGUAAUUUGUUUGGUAAAUUUGUGAUAUAUACUUAUUUGAUAAAUUAUUAAUCAUAAAAUUUAUUUGAUGUUAGUUUAUUAACUCUACAUUUUAUUUAUAUAAAAAUAUUUGAUUUCAAUUUAACCCAUAAUUUUGCAUAUAUAAUUAUAUGUUCUCAAGAAUAAAAACAAUUUAAGAAUAAGAAUCUAAUAUUUAUUAAUUUUAAGGGAAUGCAGUUUUUUUAUUAUUAAAAUACAAACAAAAUAAUCUAUUAAUUUAAUUAAUUUUAUAUUAAAUGAUUUUCUUGUAGUGUCUAAACUCGAAAGUAGUUAUAUUUUUAACUUUUUUAUAAAAUAUUUGAGUGGUUUUAAAUCAACUAAUUUAAAAGAAGAGAAAUCAAAGAUUAAUAAAAAGGUAGGACCUAAUUUUUUAUAUUGUUUGGACACAAGAUUAGUUAUUGUGUUGUUUGGAAACACAUUUAGUAGUAUAGUGUUAUUUACCAUAAUUAGAAUAGUGAAUUUAACUAUAUAGUAGAAUAGUGUAUUUGAUUUAAAAACUAACAAAAAAAGUUUGGGUCAAUGAGAAUGAUUUUGUUUUAAUAAGAGACGUCUCACUCUUAUGUUGGACCUUGUGCAGCUUAAAAAAUAUACAUGUGGUCUAAAAAAAUGGGCCCUAAUAUUUUAGAAAAAGACACUAAACUCUAACUAAAAUUUGCAAAAAAAAUAUAUAGGCUAUGUGCAAAUGUGCCUUGGGCACAUGCCCAGACGGGGCUAAAGAGAGAUGAUAUUAUAUGUUUGGCUAAGAAAACCUCGUUGCAAGCGUUUCAUAAUGUUAUGGUAUCAUGAGGAAUGGAGAGCUCUAAAUCUCUCUUAAUGAUAGAGAAGAGUGGAAACUUGAAGGAGUCUUCAAGGAUGCCAUUAACUUUGUCAUCUGGUCGAUCAAGUUGAUCCACUGUUUAAGAGGGUUUUCAAGAAGCAAUCUGUAGAAUUUUGUUACAUUAAGAAAAGAAAAAAGAUAUUUCGGUGUAUAUAUAUUAUAGUGGACAUGAACUGUUAAACCUAUCUUAGCUCCGAUAGUAUUCCCCUGAUAUGGUUGUUUAACUUUGAACUAGAUUCAUGUGAUUUCAAAGCUCAGAAUUAGUUUGGAUAGACAAAAAAAAAAUUAUUUAAUGAAAAUUAAAUUUAUAUUUAUAUUUUUUGUGCAGGAUUGUAUCUUAUUCACGUCAAACACAAUGAAUAUUAAAAAAUAUAUUCUAUACUUCUACAUUUAAUCAAACAUACCUUAUGAAUGUAGAUGGGUCUCCGAUUGUAUUCAGCGAAUUAAAUAUAAUCUAACAAGUCCACAGUUUUGAUAAAACGAAAAAUAAUUGCAACCGCCUUUCGGUUGUAUAAUUAUUGAAAUAAAGCAAAACUGUUAUUUGGUUUUAUAUUUUGAUUGGAUUUUCAAUACUUAUUUGAACUUAUCUUUUACAAUUACUUACCUUUUUCAUUAUAGUAAUUUUUAUGAUCAUAUAUUAUGCUGAUGAUGUAUUUUUGACAUUUAGAAUAGUGUCAAAUUCAUGGCAAGUCAUCUUAUUGACUUCCUAGAAAAUGUUUUGUUUGUUCGUGAACUGGACCUUGACUCAAUCAAUUCCUCUUUUUUCUGCUAAAAACCUUGGGUCAAUUUGCGUAAAGCAAGUAACAAAACUCCAGUCAUUUAGGAGUAAACUUGGUUUAAAAAAAUUCUAAAAACAUGAAAAUAAUUCGUUUAUUUAAUUUGUUUAAGAACGUAACAAACUCCAUGUGUUCCCCAAUUUUUCUGAGAGAUAAAUGCUAUUGUACGUUAAUUUUCUUUAAGAAAAAUCAAAUGAUAUCUCUAAGUCACUAUUAGCCAACGCUAACAACCUUUAUUAAAGGAGAGUUGUUGUCAUCUUAAGGCAUUUAAUUUGUUUUUCCUCAUUAUCAUGAAAGGCCAAUUAAACCUAACUCUAUCUCUAUAUAUAAGAAAGAAACAAAGAAAUGCUUCUUCAGUUAUAGUUUGCCAUAUUGUUAGAUAUUCACCUAGCUCUCGGUGUUGUGCGAGUUAAAGACGUACUUCCUUGCAGGUUGAUUAAAAGAGAGAAAGUACAAAACACUAAUCCUUCAAACAUAAAUGACAAAAGGUGUUUCUAGUUUUUCUUCAUCGAAAGUGUUUCUUCGGCUUGUUCUCGUUCUUGACACAACUUCUUCUCCUUCUCCGGAGAUUGAUCUGCGAAAAAGAUACCUUAAAUGGCCGCUAUGGAUCCGAGAAAUAAUGGUUACGUUGCUCCGCUAAAUGAUAAGGAGAGAGAUGAAGAUAUUGAAGUUGGUGAGGUGGUAGAGGUUCAAGAUAACCAAAGUGUGGCAUCUCUCAAGUCCAACGAUUCUGACCUUAAGAAGAAGACUAAUGAUGGUGAUACAAAGGAGAAAGGUGGCUGGACUAACGCACUCAUUUUGCUAGGAAACCAAGGACUAGCGACAUUGGCCUUCUUUGGUGUGGGAGUUAACCUGGUUCUGUUCCUAACGCGUGUUAUGGGACAAGGCAAUGCAGAAGCUGCAAACAACGUAAGCAAGUGGACAGGAACAGUAUACAUGUUUUCACUUGUGGGUGCAUUUCUCAGCGACUCUUAUUGGGGUCGUUAUUUGACAUGCACUAUCUUCCAAAUCAUCUUCGUCCUUGGUGUGAGCCUCCUCUCUUUCACUUCUUGGUUUUUCUUGAUCAAACCUAAAGGUUGUGGCGAUGGAAACUUUACAUGCGACCCUCCCUCUUCCCUCGGCGUUGGCAUCUUUUAUUUAUCCGUUUAUCUAGUAGCCUUUGGAUACGGAGGUCACCAGCCAACGUUGGCUACUUUCGGUGCAGACCAGUUUGGUGAUAAUGAUAAAACCUCCAAAGCUGCGUUUUUCAGCUACUUUUACUUUGCACUCAACGUUGGAUCUCUCUUUUCAAACACAAUCCUUGUUUACUUUGAGGAUAAAGGGUUGUGGACUUUAGGGUUUUUGGUGUCACUAGGCGCUGCCAUUAUCGCAUUGGCAGCCUUUCUCGGCCCUACAAAACGUUAUCGUUACGUCAAGCCCUGUGGGAAUCCGUUGCCACGCGUGGCGCAGGUGUUCGUGGCUACUGCUCGGAAGUGGAGUGUUGUUAGGCCUGAAAACCACCAGGAGUUGUAUGAAGUCGAAGGUCCUGAAUCUGCCAUUAAAGGAAGUAGAAAGAUAUUUCACAGUUCCAAGUUUCUCUUCUUGGAUAGAGCAGCAGUUAUAACAGAUGAUGACAGGAGCGGGACAAGGAACAACGCAUGGAGGUUAUGCAGUGUAACACAAGUAGAAGAAGCAAAAUGUGUGAUGAAGAUGCUCCCUAUAUGGCUAUGCACUAUAAUCUACUCAGUGAUCUUCACACAAAUGGCAUCAUUGUUCGUUGAGCAAGGUGACGUGAUGAAUGCAUCCAUCGGCAAAUUCCACAUCCCCGCGGCGAGCAUGUCAGUCUUCGACAUAUGCAGCGUCCUAAUAUCAACAGGAAUCUACCGCCACGUUAUAUUCCCAUACGUGAGACCCACGGAACUUAUGCGGAUGGGUAUAGGUCUAAUCAUAGGGAUAAUGGCAAUGGUGGCCGCAGGAUUAACAGAGAUCCAACGGCUUAGACGUAUCGUCCCUGGUCAAGCGGAGAGUGAGCUCACCAUUCUAUGGCAAAUUCCACAGUAUGUUCUUGUGGGAGCGAGUGAGGUGUUCAUGUACGUUGGACAGUUAGAGUUCUUCAACGGACAGUCACCAGAUGGUUUAAAGAACUUAGGAAGCUCGUUGUGCAUGGCUUCGAUGGCGUUAGGUAACUAUGUGAGUAGUAUGAUGGUGAAUAUUGUUAUGGCUAUAACCGCGAGAGGGAAGAGCCAUGGGUGGAUACCUGAGGAUCUAAAUGAAGGUCAUAUGGAUCGGUUUUAUUUUCUGAUUGCGAUAUUAGCUGCUAUUGAUUUCGUGUUUUAUUUGGUGUUUGCUAAGUGGUACCAACCCAUAAGCCAUGAUGAAGAUAGCAUCAAGGGAACUGGUGUGAAGAGGAAGGCUAUCUCAGAGUUAGACCAAGUUUAAUUUUUCUUUUCUAUUUAGUUUUUUUUUAGCUACAAGUCAUCUUUUGAGGGUUUUUUUUUCUAGUCGAAUAAUUGGUAGGGAACAAUCUUUGUUAGGGAUAAUGAAUAAUAAUAUAUUGUUGAUACCUGAUUCUUCUUUUCAAGAAAAUAUUUUGUUAUUUUUAUUCUAAAUAUUAUUCUAUUACUCAAGAUUUGAAGUGGUUUGGUAAACAAAACCGUAAUAAAACAAUUAAAAUUAGUUUAUAUUCAAAAUUCUAGCAGGUUGUUGACAAAGUGUAUUAAAAUUAGUUUAUAUUCUAUUACUCAAGACUUGACCCUCUUCUGUUUAAUCAUGUGCA